CUCUCCGCCAUCAUGUCGCUGUCGGAGCGAUUGACCACCAUGGAGGAGUACCAGCCCUGGAGUCGCGAGGCUAGUCCUGACAGCAGGCACCGGAAAAUGAGUUUCAAUCCUGUUGGCACCUGGACCCCCGCUGUAGGCGAGGAGCCCACCGUUGGCGCUUUUGAGAUUCCCAAGUGGAAGCGGAUACUACAGGUAUCUCUCGCCAUCGUUUACUGUCUCUUAGCUGCUGGCCCGGUUUUCGGAUACGCUGCCAUCAAGCCCGUUCUACUCGAUGAAGGGGUAUACAGAGACCAGUGCACACAGGAGGAGCUGGAUAACGACGUAACAAUAUGCUAUGCGCAGGAGAUAAGGCUCAACCUCAUGUUCACUGUCGCUGCCGUGUCUACCAAUGUAGUUGCCCUUCCCGUUGGAACUAUCCUAGAUUACUAUGGUCCAAAGGUCUGCGGUUUACUGGGCGCAACCUUCAUCACCAUUGGCUCCAUUAUAUUCGCAUUCGCGGCAGAACUGCCAUUUGAUGGAUACAUACCUGGUUACUUGUUCUUGGCACUGGGCGGUCCCUUCAUCUUCAUCUCCUCCUUCCAGCUCAGCAACACGUUCCCGCAAUAUUCCGGACUCAUUCUCGCACUUCUUACAGGUGCUUUCGACACGUCGAGUGCUGUCUUCCUCGCUUAUCGUCUCAUCUAUCAGUCUACCGAUGGAGAGUUUACACCCAAGAAGUUCUUCUUGAUUUUCCUCAUAGUGCCGGUCUACAUUUUUGUUGUUCAAAUCUUUUUUAUGCCCGGAACCUCAUACAAGACUGUCGGUGAACUUGUGCAGCACGUCGAAGAAGCAUCCAAUGAUGUGAUUCAUGAUAGCGACGACGAUGUUCAAGAUGAAGGCUUUGUACAGCGCCUCCGAGAGGCUCGCCGCGGGCACCGCGAGAGUAUAGUGAGCCAGGUUACGGAACUUUUGGGAACUAAGGAUGCUACAGAGCAGACUAAAGAGGAGGAGAAGAAAAAGAAUAUCUCCGGAGUAUGGGGAGCGCUGCAUGGACGCACAGCUGCCCAGCAGAUUUGGACGCCUUGGUUCAUCCUCAUCGCGCUAUUCACAGUGCUGCAGAUGUUGAGAAUCAACUACUUUGUGGCAACGAUCAGAUCUCAAUAUUCGUACUUGUUUCACAGCUACCCCAAAGCUAUUGAAAUCAACAACUUUUUCGACGUUGCUUUACCGCUCGGAGGAGUCAUCUCGGUGCCUUUCAUCGGGCUUUUACUUGACAACACCAGCACGACAACUUGCCUGACGCUGUUGGUCACGAUUGCCACAACAAUCGGUGUUUUGGGUGUUAUUCCUGAAGCUUGGGCGGCGUACACCAGCAUCUGCCUCUUUGUAAUCUACCGGCCACUAUACUACACCGCGGUCUCUGACUACUCUGCGAAGGUAUUCGGGUUCGCCACCUUCGGUAAAGUCUACGGGCUGAUCAUCUGCCUUGCUGGCAUUCUCAACUUUGCCCAAUCGGGUCUCGAUGCUGCAACCCACGGCCCCUUUCACGGGAACCCGAUUCCCAUUAACGUCAUCCUUCUCUCGGCUGCUCUACUUGUUGGAAUUGCGUUGGUGGGAUUUGUAGCGAGGAAGAGCCACAAGAUACACAGAGAGAAUGUUGAAGAAGAAGCUGAAGAAGCCAGGGAAGUGCUAAUGCCUGGCGCGAACGAUGUAGGCGUCACCGAUUAUGGCACUCUGAACGGGAGUGGGAGAAGCGAAGAUGAGGAACAAAGGGGGCGGAGGCAAUGA